AGACAGAGUUUCAAAAACGACUCUCCUUCAACAAGUUCUGUUUCCGAGGAAAGUCUUAACCAUUUGGCCCUUCUGGCGUAUCCGCUUCCACUGAAAUCCAUGCAGAAUAGACCAGAGAUGGGCAGCAGCGAGCCCCUUCCCAUCGCAGAGGGCGACAAGAGGAAGAAGAAGAAGCGGAAGGCCCGGGCCACUGACUCCUCUCCAGGAAAGUUUGAAGAUGUGUACAAGUUGACCUCGGAAUUGCUCGGAGAGGGAGCCUACGCCAAAGUUCAAGGUGCCGUGAGCCUGCAGAAUGGCAAAGAGUACGCUGUCAAAAUCAUCGAAAAACAAGCAGGGCACAGUCGGAGCAGGGUAUUUCGAGAGGUGGAGACGCUCUAUCAGUGUCAAGGAAAUAAGAACAUUUUGGAGCUGAUUGAGUUCUUUGAAGAUGACACAAGGUUUUACUUGGUCUUUGAGAAAUUGCAAGGAGGCUCCAUCCUCGCCCACAUCCAGAAGCGGAAGCAUUUCAAUGAGCGAGAAGCCAGCCGAGUGGUGCGGGAUGUUGCUGCUGCCCUUGACUUCCUGCAUACCAAAGGCAUUGCUCAUCGUGAUCUGAAGCCAGAAAAUAUAUUGUGUGAAUCUCCAGAAAAGGUGUCUCCGGUGAAAAUCUGUGACUUUGACUUGGGCAGUGGGGUGAAACUGAACAACUCCUGUACCCCCAUAACCACACCAGAGCUCACCACCCCGUGUGGCUCUGCAGAGUACAUGGCCCCCGAGGUGGUGGAGGUCUUCACGGACCAGGCCACUUUCUAUGACAAGCGCUGUGACCUAUGGAGCCUGGGCGUGGUUCUCUACAUCAUGCUGAGCGGCUACCCCCCGUUUGUCGGUCACUGCGGGGCCGACUGUGGCUGGGACCGGGGCGAGGUCUGCAGGGUGUGCCAGAACAAGCUGUUUGAGAGCAUCCAGGAAGGCAAGUAUGAGUUUCCGGACAAGGACUGGGCGCACAUCUCCAGCGAGGCCAAAGACCUCAUCUGCAGGCUCCUGGUGCGAGAUGCCAAGCAGAGACUCAGCGCUGCCCAGGUCCUGCAGCACCCGUGGGUGCAGGGGCAAGCUCCAGAAAGGGGACUCCCCACGCCGCAAGUCCUCCAGAGGAACAGCAGCACAAUGGACCUGACGUUGUUCGCUGCGGAGGCCAUCGCCCUUAACCGCCAGCUGUCACAGCACGAGGAGAACGCACUGGCAGAGGAGCCAGAGGCACUGGCUGAGGGCCUCUGCUCCAUGAAGCUUUCUCCUCCCUCCAAGUCUCGCCUGGCCCGCCGGCGGGCCCUGGCCCAGGCAGGCCGCAGUGGAGAUGAGGGACCGUGCCCGACACCCGCAGCAUUCUGAGCCACUCUGGUCACACCUCGUAGACUCCAGGCCUAUCCAUUCAUGGCCCCUGUGGAAACCUGUGUGGCCAAAGUUGGCAGAAAGGCAGUGGGGCCUGCACUGUGGCUCCAUCAGGCCUUUUCUCUACAAAGGCCCUGAGGUUCCCACUCAACCCCCUAUUUCCCCAGGGUCCUGGAGGUAAAAGCUUUUUCCUAAGGGGUUGUCUUUGAAAAGGAAAGCAAUCACUUGUCACUUUGCAUAAUCGCCUGUGGCGGGAACAUCUCUUUGCUGGGCUCCACCUGCUCACCCGCCUGCGGAUACGGAUCCAGCUCUCACCGCUGGGAGGCGCUGGGGCUGCAGCCUUCAGGGAGCCAGCUUCCAGAAGCCAGGAGCAUCCGUUGACAGCAUCCGUUGACAGCGGCCUCUUCCCUCUCUGCACUAUCACCCUCCUCUGGUCGUCCUCCCACCUUCCUCUGUCCUCCGCAUGUCCUCUUUGCCUGUCCUCUCCCUUGGCUGAGCAAAGCCAUCCCCUCAAUUCAGGGCAGGGCAGGAGCCUUCCUCGUUCAGGAAGCCAGAUCAGUCUUCCAGUGUGUAGCACAGAGAAGCACAUAAUCUUUCUUCGCCGUGACCGAAAUGUGCUCCUCAUUUAUCAUCCUCUUCUUCGUUCGUGAUUGCUGCUAAAGUCCGUAUGUCAUUUUUAUAAAGUUUAUUUUGAACCAGGCUCUUCCAGCAAAGGUGGGACUUAAAACUCCCACCGCAAGCCCGCGGACUUCCCAGAGCACGUAACGGCUUGCUCUUCUUUCAGGAAUGUCCACGCGUUUAGGUUUUCAUGAGCUGUUCCCUGUCAUUCUAACUGGUUUCGAGCUGUUACUGUGAGGAGCAACUUAGGGACAGUGGAGACAGUGUUGGUGUCAAGUCUUGCAUGGAGGGCGGCGCAGGACUGGGCAGUUCGAUGGAGCCCUGCGCCAGAGGCCAAGCCAGGUUAGAGCAGCCCCAGACUGCAUGAAGGUACAGCCCCCGUCACAAGAGCUGAGCUAUUGAUUGACAUAAAGAAAAUAGAUUUGCACA